GUGGCUGUGAUUGCAGGUGUUGGAACGCGAGACCCGCUGGCCGAGUAUCGACGUGAGGAACAGCGCUUGAAAAACACCAACAGCCCGUUCGAAGACAUGCCGAGACGAGGUCGCCUUCGUAGCAAGCCACCGACACCUCCACCUCGGGAUCGUAGCCGCAGUCCAGCAAGAAGCGAACGAGCGACGCCAAGUAUCGAGGGGAACUCCAACGCCACGCCGUACUCGUCCAAAUCUGAACAGCAUAUUCCGAACGGGCAUUUGCCGUCAUCAGUAGGUCGCCGUGAACCCGCGAGCAGUAUCCUUCGUGGAAUCGUCGUCAGUCCUUCGGCACUGAACGACCACCAUUUCCAGUAUGCGGACACCACUCUGCAACGCAACAAUAACGAACCUCCUAAAUACAUCUCAGGACAGGAACGUGUCGCUGCCGCUAUCUACCGAGCAGAAACGCCUCAGCGGGAACUUUAUGCCAGUGGCACGAUUCACCGAUCCGAAACACCGAAUCGGUACUUCCCUGAAAAUAGCACAUUCGCGCGCAGUGAAACUCCAGCGUUUCCGAUUCUGCGCGAGACGCCAGUGCCAUUCCAUCCACUUCUGUACGGCCAGAAUGGCACCAGUCGACAAGACCUCGAUCAAUCGAACAGCCUCAACUACAGGUAA